AUGUUCAUCACUUACUGCACCAAGAUGAGCAAUGAAGAACUCCAACCGUAUCACUGCUCAGAGUGUGGAAAGAGUUUUACUCAGCAGAGUAAUCUUAAACAACACCAGCGCAUUCACACAGGAGAGAAGCCAUAUCACUGCUCAGAGUGUGGAAAGAGUUUUACUCAACAGACUCAUCUGCAAAGACACCAGCGCAUUCACACAGGAGAGAAGCCAUAUCACUGCUCAGAGUGUGGGAAGAGUUUUGCUCACAAUAGUGAGCUUAAAGUACACCAGCGUGUUCACACAGAAGAGAAGCAGUAUCACUGCUUAGAGUGUAAAAAGAGUUUUACUCUGCAGAGUUCUCUUGAAAAGCACCAGCACAUUCACACAGGAGAGAAACCGUAUCACUGUUCAGAGUGUGGUAAGAGUUUUGCUCACAGUAGUGCCCUUAAAAUACACCAGCGCAUUCACACAGGAGAGAAACCGUAUCACUGCUCAGAGUGUGAAAAGAGUUUUACUCAACAGAGUCAUCUCCAACAACACCAGCGCAUUCACACAGGAGAGAAGCCGUAUCACUGCUCAGAGUGUGGAAACAGUUUUUCUUGUCAGAGUACACUCCAACAACACCAGCGCAUUCACACAGGAGAGAAGCCGUAUCACUGCUCAGAGUGUGGAAAGAGAUUUGCUCACAGUAGUGCCCUUAAAAUACACCAGCGUGUUCACACUGGAGAAAAGCCAUAUCACUGUUCAGAGUGUGAAAAGAGUUUUACUCAACAGAGUCAUCUCCAACAACACCAGCAUAUUCACACAGGAGAGAAGCCGUAUCACUGCUCAGAGUGUGGAAACAGUUUUGCCCAAAGUAGUGCUUUUAAACUACACCAGCGUGUUCACACUGGAGAAAAGCCGUAUCACUGCUCAGACUGUGGGAGGAGUUUUGCUUAUGUAAAGAAUUUUAAGCAACAUCAGCGAAUUCAUGUAGAAAACCAACAUCACUGUUAA